AUGAUAGUAUUUUUUUUAAUCUUUUUUACAUCAUUUUUAUAACAUCUCAAUUUCAUUUUUAACUGCCCCCCGAAACUUCUUUCAAAUAUUAAUUAUCAAUCAGAAAAAUAGGCAACAAAUCAAUUAUUAAGCAGAUACCGUUUAAAAGCAUCAAAAAGAUUUGAUCUUCCCUAAACCUAUAAUUAAUUAAAUUAUAAUUUUUAAUAAUAACAAAAAAAAGAAAGAAACAUUGUAAAUUUAUAAAAUAAAUAUAGGAUGUUUUGUAGAAAUUUGUGCAAGUUAGGCAUAGUAGCUACCAUAGUGUUGUCACUGCUUCUAGUCUAUCUAUAGAUACCUAGAUAUCAAGGUACUAUUGAAAUCACUAGAAAUGGUUAUAAUAAUAUUACUAUUAAGAGAGAUGAGUACGGUAUCCCUUCCAUAUAAUCUGAAACUUAUGCAGAUGUUGCAUAUGGCUUAGGAUAUGCUCACGCUUAAGAUAGACUUUGGUCAAUUUAAUUCAAACGUAGAUGCUCUCAAGGUAGAAUCUCUGAAAUUGCUGGUGAAGAGACUCUCCGUUCCGAUAUCCUUUUUAGAGAACUUAAGCUAGACAGAAGCGCCUAGAAGAAAUAUCAAAAUGCAUCUCCUCAUAUUAAAAAAAUUCUUUAAGCAUAUGCUGACGGUAUAAACGAUUAUGUAAAUAGCCUACCAGCUUUACCUUUAGAAUUCUAGAUUAUGUUUGAUGACUUCGAGCCCUAUCUUCCUCAUCACUCCUAUUCUCUCAUUAACUUAAUGUCCUUCUUUUUGACUCUAGAUAUGGUAUACGAGCCUUUUAGAUAAUUACUUUUAGAGAAGUAUGGUGAAGAAUUAGCAUUAAAAUUAAUGGGCUCUAGGGAAGAAUUCAAUUUUGAAAUGACACACAUCAUGAGUGAUGAAGACUUAAUGAAAUCAGGAAUAUUUGAAAAUCGUACCGAACAUGCUAUCCCUAAAGAUAGCAAUGUUGAAUUCAGCAAGGAAUAUUUAAAAAGAGUUAUUUAAGAUGACAUAGUAAAUAUGCUUGAAGGUGUUGCUAAGGGCAUCAAAGGUAGCAACUCUUGGGUUGUUCAUGGAAAUCACACUGCUUCUGGUAAACCUCUUCUUGCUAAUGACCCUCACUUGGAAACCAUGAUACCCUCCAUUUGGUAUCAGUCUGAAUUAGUAUGGAAAACCAAUGGUAAGACUCACCGUGCUAUGGGUGCUACUCUUCCAGGUAUCCCUUUUAUGAUGAUUGGUAGAACUGAAUAUGCUUCUUGGGGAAUCACUAAUGAUAUCAUUGAUAAUUCUGAUUACUAUAUUGAAAAAAUAUAAAACAAUACCUACUUUUACAAUAACGAAUGGCAUCCUUUGAAGGAAAGUCCCGAAUCAAUUAAGGUUAGAUUAGGAUAGACAUUCAACUUUACUCUCUAAGAAACCCAUCACGGUCCAAUCAUUAAAGGUCUCUUCCAUUUAAUGGAUGUCAAAAACUAUCAAUAUAUGGACUACCCUGUUUCUUUAAGUUGGACUGCUCUUAUCGAAAACGAUACUUGCAUGGAAGGUCUUUAUGAUUUACAUCAUGCAGGAUCAAUUUAAUAAAUUGAAGAUUCUUUCUACACUAUUACUUCCCCUAGUCUUAAUUUGAUUUAUGCUACUACAGAUAAUCAUAUAGGCUAUUAUGCUUAAGGAAGAUUACCUAAAAAGCCUAUACCAGGAAGCAACCAUUUCUAAGAUGGUACUAAUCCUAAGAAUGACUGGUUAGGAUAUUACUCAAAAGAGCAUUAACCAAGAAUUGUAGAUCCUUCCAAGGGAUUUAUUGUAACAGCCAAUAACAAGAUAGCUUCUGACAAUUUAAUUCACAAUGUCAAUAGAGCUCAAAACUCUAUUCCAAGAGCUCGUAGAAUUACUGAUCUUCUUAAGUAAGGUAUUAAGGAAGGUAAAAAAUUCACUCCUUAGGAUUUCUUGCUGAUGUAAAAAGAUGUUUAUGAUGUAUAUGCUUCUUUUGUAGUAACUCCUGUACUCCAAAUCUUCCUCUUACGUGGUGAAAAAUAUCUUUCACAAGAAAAAUUCAGUAAAUACAGAGACUUACUCGAAAAUUUGUAUAAAUGGGACUUUAAAAUGACUAAAGAAAGCAUCGGAGCAACAAUUUAUAUUUCUUGGGAACAUUAUUUCUUUAGAACUUACUUACAUGAAGUUUCUGAUAACGAAGACUUAAGAAUCAUCCUUAACAUGAGUUACAUGUUUGAUCAUUUCUUUAUGUUUGAAACUAAAAAAAUGAGCUAAUUAGUUAGGGAUAAAACAAAAGAAUACAAAAAGUCAUAUUGUAUUAUAAAAGAUAUUAACCCAGAAGGAGAUUGCAUUUAAAAUUUAGUUUUAGCUUUCGAUUAAGCAUUCUAACAUUUAACUGAAAAGUAUGGAGAAGACAUCAAUAAGUGGCAAUGGGGAUUAGUCCAUCGUCAUAGAUUCGACCAUAAGCCCUUUUCUUAAACUCCUCUCAAGUAUUUCUUUGAAAGAGAAUAUAUAGGUGAAGGUAAUAGAAGAACCAUUAAUGUUGGUGGUGUCAACCAUUUACCUGAUAAAUGGGAUAGUUGGUAUUCUGCAAAUUACAGAUAGGUAAUCGAUAUGAGUGAAAAGAAUGACAGUUACUUUGUUUUAGACACAGGUAUCAGUGAAAAUAUUUUUAGCUAGCAUUACGAUGAUUAAAUGAAGCUCCAUUAAAUUGGAAAGGCCAUUCCUAUGAAGUUUGCUAACUAAAAAGAUAACAAAAAUUUAAAAACUUUGAACAUCACUUUUAAGAAAAGCAAUCAGAAAAAUAAUUCUAAAAAAGAUCUUUGA